AUGGUUACGAAUGAAGGCCCAAUUCCAGGAUGUAACACUCAAUUCCACUAUGAGAUCAAAGAUCCUAUGGAUGGAGCAUCAGUGUCAUCAGGUGGAUUUGAUAAAGUGGCUAAAAAUGAUAAAGGAUUCGAAAUUGAACCUCCAUCUUCAAAAUUUUUCAGAUGGAUCUUUAGUUUCAGCAAAGAAUCAUCUACAGAGACAUUUAACCUAUUUUUACAAGAAAUUAUAGCUGAAAAUCAGCAGAAUUUGCCUGAUAAUGUCUUAACUUACGAUGAUUGCGUAAAAACAUCGAUAGAUUUGAUCACAGGCUUCCAUUUUGAGACCGGAUGUGAACAUUUAUACGUAUUAGAGUCUCGUGCUACGUCUCCGAACUUGUUUUCCAAAAAAUUGUAG